AUGUCGCCCCACCGCCGCUUCGAGCUACACAGCUGCCUGUUUCUCCUCGCCGCCGUCUUGUCGUUCGGCACCGCCUUCAUUUUUUCCCCCUUUCUUUUUCUUUCCCUCCCUCCUGCCUGUGACUCAGCUGGCGCGGGGAAGCAGGUCACCGCCCGCCGGGGCGGGACGGUCAUCCUGCCCUGCAGCACGGCUCUGGGCAGCGAGGUGCCGGACGUGGAGUGGUCCAGGCAGGCGCCGACCCCGGAGGUCGUCCUCCUCUACCGGGACGGCUGCGAGACCUUCGAGAUGAAGAGCGAGGACUUCCGGUACCGAACGCAUCUCAUCCUGAGCGAGCUGAAGGACGGCAACAUCUCGCUGAGGAUCUCCGACCUGAGGCUGUCCGACGGGGGCACGUACCUGUGCAGGAUCCUGCCGGGGAGGCGCGUCGUGGAGACCCUGAAACUUGUCGUUGGUGCUGUGUCUGAGCCAAAGCUGGAGGUCCUCUCCUACGCCGAUGACGGGGUGACCGUUCAGUGUGAGGCCAAGUGCUGGUCCCCAGAGCCUGAGAUCGAGCUACACGGUGACAUAGGAAUCUUGGACAAUGCCGGGAAGCCUCAAAGAGUCCAGGAGAACAAGGACUGCAUCACCAUUAGGAGGAACCUGACCUUGCAGGCAGCCACCAAAAGAGUAACCUGCAGAGUCCACCAGGUGCAGACCGGUCAGAUUAAAGUCACAGAGAUGCCCAUCCCAGGUACAGCGGCUCAACCCCGAAAUAUGCUCAUACAGUCUAUUCUGUUUUUGUUUGUUUGA